UCAUUGAUGACUGAAAUUUGCAAAACGUGUUCCUUCAUUGGUCCGGCAGUUUUAAACAAAACUUGUUUAGUAUUUACACGUGCGUCCUCGAGGAAAAAUUAUUUUGCCUGAUUUAACGUCGUAUAUUCUGCUUGCAAUCGGGAAACGUUUUACAUCAUUCAAACAUGACGGAAACCGAAGUUAAAGUUGCCCCCGCUAAGGAGAAAUCUUCCGAAGUUUCACAAGAUGAUGCAUCGGAAGAUACACCGACAAAUGCGUCCAAACUUGAAUGUUCCAUUAUCCGCCAACUGGAGUAUUAUUUCGGGGAUGCCAACCUAGCCCGGGACAAGUUUCUGAGCGAACAGAUUUCAAAAGACGACGGUUGGGUCCCGGUCGAUGUAUUGCUCACUUUCAAACGGCUUAAGGCACUUAGUGAUGACAAGAAAAUCAUUGUCGACGCCAUUGAAAAGUCCGACGAAGGUUUAAUUGAAAUCAGCGAAGAUCGCGAGAAACUUCGGCGUCAUCCGGAACGACCGCUACCCGAGCAAAACGAGGAAACUCGUAAGGAAAUCUAUAGCCGAACGGUCUAUGUGAAAGGAUUCCCUCCCCAAGAAGCAACUCAGAUAAACGAGUUGAUUGAAUUCUUUGAACCAUUUGAGAAAGUCACAAAUGUCGUUAUGAGAAAAUAUCACGACAAAGCUACCAAAAAGUAUCUGUUCAAAGGUAGUGUGUUCGUAACGUUCGCCACCAAAGAACAAUGCGCUGCUUUUCUGGCCAAGGAAAAACUCGACUAUCAAGGCAAGGAACUAAUCCGCAAAAUGCAAGACGACUACUUCGAGGAGAAGAAAAACGAACGCAAAAGGAAGGACAAAAAGAAGCAAGAAGAAAAGUUAGACAUCGAUCACCUGCCGAAAGGUGCCAGUGUGCACAUGGAAGGUUUCGGGAAAGAAACUAGCCGCGAAACGAUCAAGGAAACCAUUCUUAAGCUGGACGAAUCUUUGGAGGUCGCGUUCAUCGAUUAUCAGAAAACUGACGAGAAGGGAGUGGUUCGAUUCGCCAACACCGAUGCCGGAAAGAAGUUUGUCGAGAAACUGACCGAUAAUAAGAUCAAGAUUGACGAUCAGGAAAUAACGGUCAAAUUGCUGGAAGGAGAGGAAGAGACAGAGUUCCUCAAAAAGGUGGUGAAGGAUCAGUUGGCGCGACGUCAAGCCAACAACGCCCGUAAGAAGGGUGGCCGAGGAGGAGGAAACCGGAACCACAACAACCACCACGGCAAGAAGCGAAAGCAAGAGGACGGCAAGACCGAGAACGAGCCGGCCAACAAGAAAUUGGCCCAGGAAUCUAAGGACGAUUAGGUUUCAUGGUGUAUUUUAAAAGUAAGUUUGCUUCACUUUCACAUAAUGGACUAUCUAUUGAAUUGUUCGCUUUUUCGAUUGAUAAUCGAAAUGCAAUUUUUUUUUAAUGAGAAGAUACUAAAUCCUAUAAGCGCGUUUAAGGUAAGAAUAUGUAAAAUGGAAUAUAUUUCUGAAGCCUA